GGUACACGCACAUGGGCUGAUGUGCCGCGCACCAAUCCCGAUGCGCAUUCGUCAACUCGUCCAGAUCAGAUACAUUGAUGCAACGCACCGGCCGUCCGAGAAGGGAAAGGCAGGCUCAUUGAUGCUCGAUAGUACUUCGUCGGAACGGAUUCAGAUGCGCUCGCUCUCACACCUGAAUCUGACUCACCCACCCACUCGCUUCCCGCAGCACGCGCAAUGGCGGGACGAGAAGAAGCCGCCGGAACCGGAGGCGGCGACGAGCUGACGCUCCUGGGCGUGUGGCCGAGCCCGUUCGUGAUCAGGGCGCGCGCUGCGCUCAUCCUCAAGGGCCUCUCCUACCGCUACGUCGAGGACGACCUCACCAGCAAGAGCGACCUCCUCCUCGCCUCCAACCCCGUGCACCGGAAGGUCCCCGUGCUCCUCCACGGCAGCAGGCCCGUCUGCGAGUCCCGCCUCAUCCUGGAGUACCUCGACGAGGCGUUCCCUGCCUGCGGCCCGCGCCUCCUCGCCGGCGACCCCUACGACCGCGCCACCGCUCGAUUCUGGGCCUCCUACGUCGACGACAAGUUGUUCAGCACGUGGAUACCCGUGUACAACGGCCGGACGAGGGAGGACCGGGCCGAGGCGGCGAGGCGGGUCGUGGGCGUCCUGGAGGAGUUCGAGACGGCGUUCCAGGAGUGCUCCGGGGGCGGGGCGUUCUUCGGCGGGGACGGCGUCGGGCUCGUCGACGUCGUGCUGGGCGGCUUCCUCGGGUGGCUGCGCGCGUCCGAGGCCAUGUGCGGCGUCAGGGUCGUCGACCCCGCAACGACGCCGCUCCUGGCGGCGUGGGCGGGCAGGUUCGGCGCGCUCGACGGCGUCAGGGAGGUGAUACCGGGCGUGGAGAGGCUGCUGGAGUAUAACAGGAUGAGGCGCGCCCUCCGUGGGCUACCUAGGGUCUGCUAUUUAAAUGCCCAAACUGUGAGGCUAGCUAGUCCUGCACAGAGACAGAGCAAGAUAGGCCUAGUCACAAGCCAAGAGUCAGUAGAGGGAAACCUUGCAAUGGCGGGGAAGGAGGAUCUGAAGCUGCUCGGCCUGGUGGUGAGCCCGUUCGUGGUCCGCGUGCGCAUGGCGUUGGGCAUGAAGGGCGUGAGCUACGAGUACGUCGAGGAGGACCUGCUCAGCAAGAGCGAGCUGCUCCUCGCGUCCAACCCGGUGCACAAGAAGGUGCCCGUGCUCAUCCACAACGGCAAGCCCGUCUGCGAGUCGCUCGUCAUCGUGCAGUACGUCGACGAGCUGUUCGCCGGCCCGUCCAUCCUCCCGACCGACCCCUACGAGCGCGCCACCGCCCGCUUCUGGGCCGCCUUCGUCGACGACAAGCUAGUUCCGGCGUGGAUCGGCAUCCUGAAGGCCAAGACGGAGGACGAGCGGGCGGAGAAGGCGACGGAGACGCUCGCCGCGAUCGGUCAGGUGGAGGCGGGCCUCGCCGAGCUCUCCGACGGCAAGGCCUUCUUCGGCGGCGACUCCAUCGGGUACCUCGACGUCGUGCUCGGCUCCUGCCUGUUCUGGUUUGAGGCGCUGCGCAGGAUGCACGGAGUCGGGAUCAUCGACUCCGGCAGGACUCCGCUCCUGGCCGCGUGGGCGGAGCGGUUCGGGGAGAGCGCGGAGGCGAAGGGAGUGGUGCCGGGGGCGGACGAGGCCGUGCAGUACGCCCAUAAGCUCGCCGCCGCCACCGCCGCCGCGAAGUGAGUCGAAUCGGUUCGGAUUGAGCGUGUGAUGAACACGAUGGGAUUGCCAAGUGAAUGUUCAAGUCUGAUGAUCAUAUCAUGUGAUUCUGGUGAUCUGACGUGCAAUAAAUUGAGGCGUUUAGCAUUGAUGCGUA